GGCAGGGCAGGCAGCAUGGCCCCCGGUGUCGGCCGGCAGCCCUCGGACCGCUCCCUGCGCUCUCCGGGGCGGCGCUGAGCCCUCGCCCGCAGCCAUGCAGGGGCCCCGGGGCGGCUACUCCGUGCAAGCCGCGGCCGCCAUCGCCGCCACCAUCACCUUCCUGGUGCUCUUCACCGUGGCGGGCAACGGCCUGGUGAUCCUGGCCGUGCUCAGCAGCCGCUCGCUGCGGGCGCCCCAGAACCUCUUCCUGGUGUCCCUGGCGGCCGCCGACAUCCUGGUGGCCACCAUCAUCAUCCCCUUCUCGCUGGCCAACGAGCUGCUGGGCUAUUGGUACUUCCAGCGGGCCUGGUGCCAGCUCUACCUGGCGCUGGACGUCCUCUUCUGCACCUCCUCCAUCGUGCACCUCUGCGCCAUCAGCCUGGACCGGUACUGGGCGGUCAGCAGGGCCGUGCCGUGCCGCACCCGGCGCCGCGUCAAGCUCAGCAUCCUGCUGGUCUGGACCAUCGCCGCCCUCAUCUCCCUCCCGCCCCUGCUCUACGAGGGCGAGCGGCGGCCGGCGGCCGGCGAGGAGAGGCCUCAGUGCCGGCUCAACGAGGAGGCCUGGUACGUCCUCUCCUCCAGCGUUGGCUCCUUCUUCGCCCCCUGCCUCAUCAUGGUCCUGGUCUACCUCCGCAUCUACCUUAUCGCCAGGCGCCGCCACCGCGCCCGCACCGCUGCUGCUAGUCCCAGGGCCACCCUGGCCACAGGGUCGGGACAGGUGGUGCUGGCGCGGGGGCUGCUGGCGCUGAGCACCUGGCGGAGGAAGGCUCAGCUGAAGAGGGAGCAGCGCUUCACUGUCGUGCUUGCCGUGGUCAUCGGAGCCUUCGUCCUCUGCUGGUUCCCCUUCUUCUUCCUCUACAGCCUGGGCGCGCUCUGUCCCCAGCGCUGCAAGGUCCCCGACGGCGUCUUCCAGUUCUUCUUCUGGGUUGGGUACCUGAACAGCUCUCUCAACCCUCUCAUCUACACCAUCUUCAACCGGGACUUCCGCGCAGCCUUCCGCCGCCUCCUCUGCUGCCGCCGCCCUGCCCCCACGCCCUGCUGAGC